AUGUUCAAAGAAUGGGGAGACUUGACGAGUAAAAGCGGCAAAGAGAGUUCUAACAAAUGGGAUUUGGGAACUGAAAAGAAAUUGGCAGUUAUUGGAACAGUUGUCGGCACAGCUUCUGUAGUCUUGGCCAGCGUUGUAGUUCCGCUGUUGUACGUCUAUGUUCAGAAUGUUCACGCGACACUUGACUACGAAGUCAAUUUUUGUAAAAAUAAUUUAUAUGGAUUGUUGGAACAACUUGAGAAGGUUGCUGUUUUCAUACGUUUCAUUUUGCUUUUAGCGAUUAUUCACGCUUUUGUGGAGAGUGUUCCUCAAGAAAUACACUAUAUUCGAAGACCUACUCCGGAACCAAAAAGAUUUGAUUUCCAUUCUGAACAUUCUUCUGAUUUACCAAGUUCGCCUGAUGCUUCAUUUGAUAACACCGAUUUUAAUGAAUUUUGGAAUAGGCCUGAUGAGUUUGCCGAGGAAUAUUGUUCGUGUCAAUUUGGUCUUCCCGGUCCUGCAGGUCCUCCUGGAAAAGAAGGUGAACCAGGCAAAGAUGGAAAUCCAGGAAAAAAUGGAGCACCUGGAAAAGAUGCUCCACAUGUUUUGUCUGCUUCAAAAGAGCCCUGUUAUGUAUGCACUCCGGGAGUAGCAGGUCCUCCAGGCAAGGAGGGCCCUAAAGGACCGCCUGGUAAACCGGGUCUUCCUGGACCUCAAGGUGUAAAUUCGACCAGUAAACGAGGCCCACCAGGUCCUCCCGGACCAGUUGGUGACAAAGGUCCGGCUGGCAAAGUGGGUCCAAGAGGUCCACGUGGACCUUCAGGAGUCGUUCGUAAAGGCGAUUUUUACGGUGAAAUGGGCCCACCUGGUUUACCAGGUCCUAAAGGGAAACAAGGUCCGGACGGACAACCAGGCAAGAGUUUGAGAGGAGCACCAGGACCUAUGGGUGAUCGGGGCAAAAAAGGAAAUCCUGGUAGUCAUGGUUCGGUAGGUCCACGAGGAUCAAAUGGAAUUCGGGGGAAACCCGGCAGUUGUAGCCACUGCCCACUCCCAAGAACAGCACCAGGGUAUUAA